UGUUUGUCGCCUCUGAGACGCCGUAGCGGAUGCGUGCGCAGUUUCCUACCGCUCCAGCCUGAGCAGGAAGCAAGCAGAGUCCAGUGAAAGUGAGCGAACUAUCAAAACAAACUGACAUUUUUGAAUCACUCCCAGUUUUUCUGUUGCCAACGGUUUGAACAAUCACCAUGGACGGUGUGCCGACGCCUCUGCGGUGCUUCAGUGAGCAACACUCUGGAGAAAUGCUGGCGGACGAUGGAGUGGAGACGGUGACUUCAGUGGAGCAGAAAAAAGUGGAACACAGCAUUGAAGAAAUCAUCAGCGUUUACAAGCAAAUCCACAGCUUACCACAGCCAACAUUGUUACGGGAACAACACUACCAAUAUCUCAAGAAGGGCUUACGUCACUUAUCAGAUGCUUAUGAGUGUCUGGAUGCUAGCAGACCAUGGCUUUGCUUCUGGAUUCUUCACAGUCUGGAGUUACUAGAGGAGCCCAUUCCUGCUGCUGUCGCCUCAGAUGUGUGUCAGUUUCUUGCACACUGUCAAAGUCCAACUGGAGGUUUUGCUGGAGGACCAGGGCAACACGCUCACCUGGCACCCACCUACGCUGCUGUCAAUGCCCUCUGCAUCAUCGGCACAGAAGAGGCCUAUAACAUUAUAGACAGGGAGAAGCUGUUAGAUUUCCUAUGGUCAGUGAAGCAGCCAGAUGGCUCCUUUGUGAUGCACGUUGGAGGGGAGGUGGAUGUCAGGAGUGCAUAUUGUGCAGCCUCAGUAGCAUCGCUCACAAACAUCCUCACACCUAAGCUGUUUGAGGACACAACCAACUGGAUCCUCAGGUGUCAGAACUGGGAGGGUGGACUCAGUGGAGUACCAGGUUUGGAGGCACAUGGUGGUUACACUUUCUGUGGCACAGCCGCCCUUGUCAUCCUGGGCAAAGAACACAUGCUGGAUCUCAAAGCCUUGCUGCGGUGGGUGGUCAGCAGACAGAUGCGAUUCGAGGGAGGUUUCCAAGGCCGCUGUAAUAAACUGGUGGACGGCUGCUACUCUUUCUGGCAAGCUGGACUCUUGCCUCUGCUACACAGAGCCUUAUUCAAAGAAGGAGAGUCAGAGCUGAGUCGGCAGCGGUGGAUGUUUGAGCAGCAAGCCUUGCAGGAGUACAUCCUCCUGUGCUGUCAGAACCCAACAGGGGGCCUUUUGGACAAGCCUGGCAAAUCCAGAGAUUUUUACCACACGUGUUACUGUCUGAGCGGCCUCUCCAUAGCGCAGCACUUUGGAAACAUGGACCUCCAUCAUGAGAUGAUCCUCGGCAGGGAAGAGAACAGAUUGGCUCCAACUCAUCCAGUUUACAACAUUUGUCCAGAGAAGGUGGCUCAGGCCCUGCAGCACUUUCAUCAGCUGCCCAUACCCGAAGACAACAGGCAGCCGGGGGCCUCUGCUAAAAGGCUGUCCGAGCCCACCACAGCCUCUACAUCAGCUGACCUUUGGUCCUAGUUAGCCCUCAGUGAGGUGUCACUGUGUGUGAAUUAUCCGACUCCGGGAUCGAACUCGGGCCAGGAAACAGCAGUCGGGUCUGAUGUGGACAAGUCCAAGAAGCAGCAGGAUGGUGGACCUUCAGCAGCAAUGAAGGCUGGAGUAUAGGAAUAAUUUGCUUGAGUAAAGGUCAACAGUAAUGCGUGGGCAGCUUCACUUUCAGCUGAAUUUUGCUUGCUAUUGUUUUCAACCUCUGAAAUAAAAGUGGAACUUUC